AUGUCCCGCAGUAACAACCACAAGACGAACACCCUCUUGCCCACAGCCUCUUGCCCACAGCUUCUCGCCCACGGCUCCUCUCGCCCUCUCGCCUACUCAGCCACCCACUCACCGACUCCGAUCUCGAAGUUCAAGGAGGCUGUCGAGAAGAACAACUGGCCUGCUGAUCUCCGUGUCGCUCUGAUCAGUUCUUGCACCAACUCUUCGUACGAGGACAUGUCCAGCGCUGUUUCUAUCGUCAAGCAAGCUGCCGACCACGGUCUGACGACCAAGAGCAAGUUCACCGUUACUCCCGGUUCCGAGCAGGUUCGUGCGACCAUCAAUCGCGACGGCUACAUCGCGACGUUCGAGGUUGGCGGUAUCGUGCUCGCCAACGCGUGCGGUCCUUGCAUUGGUCAGUGGGACAGGCGUGACGUCAAGAAGGGCGAAGUCAACUCGGUCAUCACCUCCUACAACCGUAACUUCACCGGCCGUAACGGCGCUAACCCAGCCACGCACACUUUCGUUGCCUCCCCCGACAUCGUGACCGCCUUCGCGUUCGCUGGUGACCUCCGCUUCAACCCCCUCACCGAUACCCUCAAGGGCGUCGACGGCAAGCCGGUCAAGUUCGUCGACCCGACCGGCGCUGACCGCCCACCGAAGGGCUACGACCCCAGAGAGAACACCUUCCAGCCUCCCCCGCAGGACCCGACGGAUCACAUCUCUGCUGGUGGUCCCUGGCUCAAGUACCGUGGUCACCUCGAGAACAUUUCUCAAAACUGCCUGAUCGGUGCCAUCAACACUGAGAACGGCGAGGCUAACAAUGUGAAGAACCAGAUCACUGGCGAGUACGGUGCAGUUCCCCAGACUGGUGCCUACUACCGCGACCACGGCAUCAAGCGGGUCGUCAUUGGUGACCAUAACUACGGUGAGGCCCCGCUUCCUUGGUGGUAUGGCUGUCAUCACCCGCUCGUUCGCCUGUAUCACGAGAUGAACCUGAAGAACCAGGGCAUGCUCAAACUCACGUUCGCCGACUCCGAGGACUACGAGAAGUCGUUCGCGCCUGGCGAGAACUUCACGCUCACGCUCAAGCCCAGUGGUGGCCCCAAGGAGUAG